GCGCGGCAAGAGUGGGUAUAAAUCCAGCCUGCGCCUUUACGCACCAGAACCAAAACAAGUUAGAGCCACCUCCGAGGGAUAAGGGGGAAACUACCAGGAGGAUUAGUACACUCCAAAAGGAAUACCGGCCCUUAGAGUCAAAAAGAUUUUUCAGAGAAUUAGCUUUUACUGUGUUUGAGUCUUCUUUAAUUUUGGAUUAUUGCUGCGCACCACGAAUGAAGACAUCCAGUUAGGAAGGAAAACAAACCUCAGGAAGAAAUGGCAAACUUACACUUGAGAUACCUCUUGGCUCUGGCCUUGGUGAACGUUGUUUUGUCCUCCGGCGUGUUUGAGCUGAAGAUUCAUUCAUUCCACACGGCCCAGCGGAUCUGCAGGAGGCACAGAGACUGUCACAUAUUUUUCAGAAUUUGCCUUAAACACCCAGAGGAUGUGAUCUCAGCGGAGCCUCCUUGCACCUUCGGCACCGGACACACGAACGUGAUCAGGGCAGAUCACACGUCGAUCUCUAGCAGUGCUCCCAUCAGGGUGCCCUUUCACUUCAAAUGGCCGGGGACAUUUUCGUUGAUUAUUGAAGCAUGGAACGCAGAAUCACCAACUGAGUACACAGACAACCAAAACAACCUCGUGAGCCGCUUGGCUACACGGAGGAGACUCGCCAUCGGUGAGGACUGGUCCCAGGACGUGCACUUUGGCGAGCAGAGCGAGCUGCGCUACUCCUACCACGUCUUCUGUGACGAGUACUACUUUGGAGAUGGCUGCGCUGACUACUGCAGGCCGAGGGACGACACGCUGGGCCACUACACCUGCGACGAGGAGGGCAACCGCAUCUGUUUGGAGGGAUGGAAAGGAAACUACUGUUCUGAGCGUGAGUGUACAGUACCAAUGAAGUUCCUUUGUGAAAGUCUUCCAGACCCAUUCAGGCUCUCCCUGAAGCAUGGCUACUGCGAGGCCCCGGGGGGCUGUACGUGUCGCAUGGGCUGGCAGGGCCCCUCCUGUAAGCAAUGCGUGCGCUACCCGGGCUGCCUCCACGGAACGUGCAGCCAGCCGUGGCAGUGCAACUGUCAGGAGGGCUGGGGGGGCCUCUUCUGCGACCAGGACCUCAACUACUGCACCAACCACAAGCCCUGCGCCAACGGGGCCACCUGCACCAACACGGGCCAGGGCAGCUACACCUGCACCUGCCGGCCCGGCUUUGGGGGCACCAACUGCGAGCUGGAGACCAACGAGUGCGACAGCAACCCCUGCAAGAAUGGAGGCAGCUGCAACGACCUGGAGAACGACUACUCCUGCACCUGCCCGCAGGGCUUUUACGGCAAGAACUGCGAGAUCAUCGCCAUGACCUGUGCGGACGGGCCCUGUUUCAACGGCGGCACCUGCGUGGAGACGAUGACCGGGGGCUACACCUGCCGCUGCCCCUCCAGCUACACCGGCUCCAACUGCGAGAAGAAGCUGGACCGCUGCAGCAACAAGCCCUGCAUGAACGGUGGCGAGUGUCUGGAUCUGGGCCAGAGUAUCUUGUGCCGCUGUCAGGCGGGUUUCACCGGCGCCAACUGCCAGGUCAACGUGGACGAUUGCGCCUCGAGUCCUUGCCAGAACGCUGGAACCUGCCAAGACGGUGUGAAUGACUACACCUGCUCCUGCACCCUCGGGUACACUGGCAAGAACUGCAGCGUGCGCUCGGACGCCUGCGGCGCGCGGCCCUGCCAGAACGGCGGCACCUGCUUCACACACUUCACCGGACCCGUGUGCCAGUGCCCCAAGGGCUUCAUGGGCCCGAGCUGCGAGUUCACGCUGCAGCCCAGCUUCAAGCCCGCUCUCCGCCAGGCCUCCUCCCAGCCCUCCUCCACCACCCUCACCAUCUCCUGCCUUCUGGCCGUCCUGGUGCUGCUUCUGGUGGCGGCCAUCGUCUUCCUGAGGAGGCGGCGGCGGAUGGAGGGGAGGAAGCAGCUGAGCGACAGCGCGGUCUACAACGACCUGGAGACGGUCAACAACCUGGGGGGAAACGAGAGGGAAGCCUUCCUGGGUCCCAACGGGCUGUUCAAGAUCAGCAACAGCACGGCUCGCCUCAGCCUCUCCCUCUGCCCCGAGGACCGGUCAGCCUACAGGCACAGCCCCCCGGACAGCGGCCUGGCCAGGGCCGAGCGGCAGGACUUCAUGUGGAGGGACGAGGCCAUGCUGGGCUCAGGAGCAGGGCUCAGAUGAAGCCUGGAGAAGAAAAACAAAAACAAAAAAAAAAUGCAAAAGUUCAAACAGGGGAAGAAACAUUUUAGCACUUGCUGCUCCUCUCCCUAGAAACAGAGUUCAAAGAGGAGCAGAAGCAUAAACCGCAGAACUGUCGUUGUAAAAAGCGCAUUUCUGACAAAUGAACAAUUCUGACAGAUGAUUUACGAAGAUUUUUUUUGGAAAAAGUUUAUGGGGCUAUGCUCUCUCAUGUUUAAGACCCAAAGAGACUAAUAACGUGACCCACUGUUCAUAGGACCUACGACACUAACCAAAUACAGGAAGAGACACGAUAGUCAGAUCACCUUUGGAAACCGAGUCCACACAUAUGUUUAUUGGGCUAUUCCCUUACAUAUAUUCACUUUAUUCCUUUUUUUAUAUUACAAAACCUUUUUUUUGCUUUUCAAUCUUCCUUUGGUCAUUAUUUCCUUAUUGUGCGUACCAUCAGUUUUUUAUUCUUUAUAUUAUUUAUUUAUUAUAAACUUGUGUUUAAGGCUUCACUUUGACUGUCACAGAUGUAGAUAUAUAUAUUUAUUUGAUGCUGAAUGAAGGCCGACGCUUGAAGUUGUAAAUGGGCUGUGUGAGAUAUCCCAAAGAUGAUGGUGUGGGGAUAUCAGGAAAUGUGCUUUAUUGCUGAGUCAGCCCUUCCUGUAAUUGAUAUAUAUAAAUGUGCGAUCUAUGACCGAUUAUGUUGCUCUCUCAUGUGCCAUUAUUUUGUUCAUGCCAAAGUUUGAGUUGUGUUACAUCUUUUCAUUCAUAUAAUUUAAGCUCAUCUUGCUGUGGUUGUGAUGUGGAAUAAAAGAUUCACUCUGAUGUGAUUUUGGAUUUAAGCGUCUGUUC